CUUCCCUCCUCCUCCUCAGCCGGCCGCCGCCCCUCGCAAAAUGGCGGCCGGCGCCGGGCCCGUGGCGGGCGGAGGCCUCCCGCCGUCUUUUACCUCAGCCGCGGCGUCGCCUCAGCAGCAGCAGCAGCAGCAGCAACAGCACCAACCGCCGCCUCCUCCGCCUCAGGGCGGCCCGCCGGCGGCCUCUUCUCCCCUCACGCACAACCACCGCGGAGGAGGCGUCGGGAACCCUCUGCCGGCCUCGUCGUCGUCGUGUCCGGCGGCCCCGGCGGCUGCUUCCCCUCCUUCGCCGUCUUCUCCUCCUUCCCCUUCCCCUCCUCCUCCUCCUCCUCCGCCGUCUUCUUCGCUGGGCCCCCGCGAGCCGGCCUACAACUGGCAGGCGACGAAGCCGACGGUGCAGGAGCGCUUCGCCUUCCUCUUCAACAACGAGGUGCUCAGCGACGUCCACUUCUUGGUGGGGAAAGGCCGAGCGGGGGCCCAGCGCCUCCCCGCCCACAGGUUUGUGCUGGCUGUGGGCAGCGCGGUCUUUGAUGCCAUGUUCAAUGGCGGGAUGGCUACAACGUCCUCCGAGAUAGAACUACCCGACGUGGAACCGGCUGCUUUCCUUGCUUUGCUGAAGUUCCUCUAUUCUGAUGAGGUUCAGAUAGGGCCAGAGACCGUGAUGACGACCCUUUACACCGCUAAGAAAUACGCCGUCCCCGCGCUCGAAGCCCACUGUGUGGAGUUCCUCAAGAAGAACCUCAGGGCAGAUAACGCCUUCAUGCUCUUAACGCAGGCCAGACUCUUUGAUGAGCCCCAGCUGGCAAGCCUUUGCCUGGAAAACAUAGAUAAGAACACAUCUGACGCCAUCAACGCAGAAGGCUUCACAGAUAUUGACCUUGAUACCCUGGUGGCUGUCCUGGAGAGGGACACCCUUGGCAUCCGCGAGGUGCGCCUCUUCAACGCGGUGGUCCGGUGGUCAGAGGCCGAGUGCCAGCGGCAGCAGCUGCAGGUGGUCCCAGAAAACAAGCGGAAAACCCUAGGCAAAGCCCUCUCCCUCAUCCGCUUCCCCUUGAUGACCAUUGAGGAGUUCGCAGCGGGGCCAGCUCAGUCGGGCAUCCUGACCGACCGCGAAGUGGUCAGCCUGUUCCUGCACUUCACGGUCAACCCCAAGCCGCGGGUGGAGUUCAUUGACCGCCCCCGCUGCUGCCUGCGUGGGAAGGAGUGCAGCAUCAACCGCUUCCAGCAGGUGGAGAGCCGCUGGGGGUACAGUGGGACCAGCGACCGGAUCAGGUUCUCUGUCAACAAAAGGAUAUUUAUCGUCGGAUUCGGGUUGUACGGAUCCAUCCACGGCCCAACAGAUUAUCAAGUAAAUAUACAGAUUAUUCACACCGACAGCAACACAAUCCUGGGCCAGAAUGACACCGGGUUCAGCUGCGAUGGGUCUUCCAACACUUUCCGGGUCAUGUUUAAAGAGCCCGUUGAGAUCUUGCCCACUGUCAGCUACACAGCCUGUGCCACGUUGAAGUCUUGGGCGAGUAGAAUAGCAAGUGGGCUCCUAACGGUGUUAGAAACUCGAAUAUAUAAGCCAAUCGCCAAAAGGUACCUUAAACAGAGGGCCCCGAUUCCCACUACGGCACCAAAGGGCUCCGCAAAGUGAUCCACGAGUCGCCGACGACGGGCGCCAAGACCUGCUUCACCUUCUGCUAUGCCGCCGGCAACAACAAUGGCACGUCCGUGGAGGACGGACAGAUUCCAGAGAUCAUCUUCUACACAUAGGGGCCAUCGCGGGGGGAUAGCUUGCUGCCGGGCGGACAGGCACGUGCCGCCUCCCCUCCUCCCGCCUCAUCUCUCCCCCUCCAUGCACACCCCUUGCGUGUCCUUCCCAGCUGAAACCGCAGGCCGUCCUCUGCCAUGCUGGCAGGAGGGCUGCUAGCCAAGGCUGGGGGCCCAGUGGGGCCGACACCAGGAGCCCACGGAUGGGACGCGUUUGCUGGCCUGGGUCGGGCCGGGACGGUGGCUAGCAGUUCCUUCUGCUCAUGCCGGCAGCUCGGCUCUACCAUUGCAUCGUGAACGUAGCCGCUUCUACAUCCAGCUGUUGCAGUGGGGAGAGGUGGGGGCAAACUCGCUCUUGCGGUUGGACAGUCCCUGCCAAAGGAAGCCCCCCUCUAUGCCAGGAUCAGGCUGGACAGGGCGAUGCGGCAGGGCAAGGAGGAAAUGUGUUUCUGAUGGCUGUCGCCUGGCAAGGCUUGACCCAGGACGCACUUUCUACAGGACCCUGGCCAGCCCUUGCCGGACAACUAUCUUAUCGUGUCAAGGGACAGAUUUAAUUAUGAUUAUUGGAUCGUUUUGGGAGGGACUCGUCCCUGACCGCAAGGCGGUGAGGGUGAUUCGCAGCCACAAAAAACUUGCCUUGUUUGAAGAGGAACGGGAGUGGCUGAAGUCCUUGGACUCUGAUCAUCAAUAUGUUGCUUGCUGCUGCUGCUGCUAAUAAUAAUAAUAUAGUGCAACUCAACAAUGCAUUUUACUCUUCUACGAUCUUCUUUUGAGUCUGGUUCCCAUUCACAAGCUGGUGCUGUGACUGCCGAUUUGCUCGUUUGGGGGUUGGUUUUCAAGCUGGGAGCCGUCUCGCUAGGACUUCGAUGAGCUGCGUUUCCUGAAAACCCAGCAGCCAAACAGGGGUAUAAGAAUCCCCACCCCUAGAAAAUCCUGGGGAUCUUGAUGACCUGACAGAAAUGCAUCAAACCUAGAAGGCUUUUGUGCUAUAGGUAGGAUCCCCACCAGCACUGAUGGGACAGUUCGUUUGCCCAUUCACCGCCCCCCCCCCCAACUGUGAAAUCUCCUGCCUGUGGAAACCAGUAAGCAAUUUGCCUUGGGUACAGAGUUGUCAUCACAUGGUCGCCUGAACCCUAGCUGUGCUUGAAACCUGGCGCCGCUGGGCUUUUUUUUUUAAAUGCAAAAAGUUUCUUUGUGGUAGAGCACCCAGUGCAAGUCCCUAUGUUUGCCACCUGCACUUGUGAGCCUCAAUAUGGCCAGUAUGGAUAAUGGAGCCGUUCCUCAGCUACCAGCUUCUCAUCGGGUGCAAAAGCCUUUGUGUGUCUCCGGCUUCUCCCAAAGAGAGCGCUUGUGCAUGUUGCUACAGAAGUGGCCCAUCAAUUUUGGAGGGGCUUUCAACUGCCUCUCCUCUUCAUUUGCUCUCCACGUGCC